UAAGUUACACGUUGCUGCCAUCUUUCCGUCUCCACCACGGAAAUCAACUUUGCUCCGUACCUUGACUCCACACUCAUCCAUAUUCCUUGUCCUUAGUGGAAUUGUAACUCCGUCCCACCAAGUGAAGCAGCUGCGAAAUUCAUUGUCCGAGGGAGAUUGCUUUUGAUUAAUGGACCAAACUACCUUAAUUAAUGGACCAAAUCAAUUUCACUCCAUGCCUCAUUCCACGUGGUUUAUUAACCUUCCACAAAGUAGCUUUUAGCUUUUCUCAUGUAUAAUAACCAGCACCAAAUAAAUUGUGAACACAAUUUAUCCAUCAAGAAUGUUCCUAAUUUAUACUUAUAACACCGAAUAUGAAUCUUCAUUUUUGGACCACGGGAAGUAAAUAUUUUGCUAGUUAGGUUAAUUAACUUGUUUACAUUGCGGAUGGUACGGGAUAACACCAGAAGAGGCUGCUGAGUUGAGAAGAGAAGAUAGGACUUCCAUGGCGAUGGUGAAAAGGUAAGGAAUUAAAGCCCAACCUUGCCUUAACCCCUUUUGUGCCGAGAAGAACCCACAAAGACCCCCAUUAAUGUUUAUACUGAAAUGAGCAGAACUAACACAAGUCCUAAUCCAUCCUAUGAACUUGAAGGUGAAUACAUGUGUUUAGCACAAAGUGGAUUUUUAUGACUUUGAUCGUAACAGGAGAUCAGUUGCUUCAUAAAAUCCAUUGUUGGUUGAGAAGUCUCAGCGAUCUGGUUGUUUCUCAUUUCAGUAUAAGCACAUAACCACCAUCUCAUUGCUAUGUGAGCUUUCUGACCCAAUAACGGAAGAAACGGAGGAAUCUGAUGGAAGACAAAUAAGAAAUAAACUAACAAGGUCGCGGGUUCGAUCCAUCAGUUAUCCUGAUAAGUGUAGUCGAAUGAAGUAGGGUGUCGUCCAAAUGACGGACGGCUGCUCAGUAGAUUCAGAUCCACAGACGGCAGCGAAGUGGCGGCCGGAACGGCGGGAAUUCACACGGGGCCGCGUUUAUCUCCGAAGGAAACACUUCCUCACUCACCUACUUUCACUCCAAAGCAAAGAGCGCCGAUCAAGUUGAGCUUCAAUUCUCUAAUUUUGCUUGUUCGCCCAUUCGUUUUCUGCCCUUUAGCGCCUUUGUUCAAUCGCUCUUUCUCUGGGUUCAGCAGCUGGUCCGUAAUCUGGGUAAUUAUCUUUUUAGGCGACGUUUCUUCUUGCGGCUAAAAUUUCGUUUUCCCCUCUCAGUCUGGUGCCACGAUCAAGUUUGCUUUCCCGCGAUCAGUGACGAAGCUGUGAGCUUUCGACGGACUUCGCCGCUGCCGCUUUCUGCUGCGGCUGCAGAUAUUUGGCAAGUGUUGCUUUCUUGCGUUUCUGGUCUUCAGCCCUCCUCCAUUUCUUGCACAAUGAACAAUUCUAGGUUUUCGAUUCCAAGUUCUGCCGCCUCUCCCAUCCCCUGUUUACUCUGUUUCUAGGGUAUGAGUGUUUCUAAUUGACUUGUCAAUGUUCCAAAUUUCAUAAUUAUGAUAAGUUCCGUUUCUGGGAGGUGUUCCAUUUUACCUUGGAGGGUUGUAAAUUUCUGUUGUGUUAAGCAUUCAUUUAGUAUUCUUCAAGGUAGCCGCAAACCAAUGCAUUUUUGUUAGUUUGGUUUCCCAAUUCACCAUGGAAUGAGAUUCUCAGAAUAUCUUUCAAGAUGGAAGGUGAUUUAAAAAGAAUCUUCAUGUUAGAAAAGUUUGAAAUGGGAAUUUUUUUUAAUUGUUAUGUUUUACAGAAUAGCACAGGUCAUAAAAGUUCAUGGAUGGCUUAAUCACUAGAGAGACUUCUGCUCCAUUCUGGUUGCUUCUACGUGAAUUGCUCUGUUGGAUUUCCACUUAGUUCCUUUUGUUGUGUCUUAUUCGUUGAUCGGGCUGCUUUCACUGCUCUGCUAUGUGCGGGAUCUCAGUAGGCUUAUACAGUUUUCCGACAAAUAGGACUGGAGUGUUUCCCCCCAUAUAAGCUCUCCUAUGACCCUCUAUAGAACUGUUUGAACCACAUCUGGUUUCUUUAUGUGAAGCAGAUACUUACUUAAGCUUUGGAAUGUCAAUAUACGGGCAUAAUCUCUUUCUGAUAUUGUUUUGUAGAUCCCGAUCGAGCUCUUUAAAAGAUUGUGGAGUGGACCUAGAAAAGGGGGAAAGGCAAUUGUUUUGUGGUGACCGUCCGUUGUGGCUUGUCUGGGUCUUGGUUUGUUGAGCCACUAGCCAAUAGAAGUCCCCACAUAUUGGUGGUUCCCUCAAUGAGGGAAAUCAAGCCGUUAUCAGAAGCUAGAUCUUCUACUGUCAUAUUAUUCAAGAAUCCUAAAGUAAUCGUUGCCCUUGGUUUGCUUCUCUUUGAUGCUGUGCUCACUGCUGUCAUCAUCGCCUAUGUUCCUUAUACGAAGAUUGACUGGGAUGCAUACAUGUCACAGGUGACCGGAUUUCUUGAAGGAGAGAAGGAUUAUAGCAAAUUGGAAGGCGACACAGGGCCACUAGUUUACCCUGCUGGGUUCCUCUAUGUUUAUUCUGCUAUUCAGUAUGUCACUGGAGGGCAGGUGUUUGCCGCUCAGAUUCUGUUUAGUGUCUUGUACAUCGUGAACCUUGCUGUCAUCUUAUUCAUCUAUGUGAAGGCAGAUGUGCUCCCUUGGUGGGCACUUGUUUUGCUUUCUCUAUCGAAAAGGGUGCACUCUAUCUUCGUCCUUCGCCUCUUCAAUGAUUGUUUUGCAAUGACACUGCUGCAUGCUGCUAUGGCCUUGCUUCUUUACCAGCGGUGGCAUCUUGGACUGAUCCUAUUCAGUGGGGCUGUUUCUGUAAAGAUGAAUGUUUUGCUUUAUGCUCCUCCAUUGCUUCUACUUAUGUUAAAGUCAAUGGAUGUCUGCGGAGUGAUAUCUGCUUUAGCUGGAGCAGCACUUUUACAGAUUCUGUUGGGGCUCCCGUUUUUACUUUCACAUCCAGCUGCUUAUAUAUCAAGGGCCUUCAAUCUUGGGCGCGUCUUUAUCCACUUCUGGUCUGUUAACUUCAAAUUUAUUCCUGAACCGAUCUUUGUGUCAAAGCAAUUGGCGAUCUCUUUGUUGAUUGUUCACCUUGUAUUGCUCGCAGUUUUUGCUCACUACCGCUGGUGCAAGUUUGAAGGUGGACUGCUGAGGUUGCUGCGUUCCAGAGUGUUGUCUUUUUCUGGUACUAAGAGUUCCUCAAUGAAGAUAAAGGCAGAGCACAUUGUCACAACUAUGUUUGUUGGCAACUUCAUUGGCAUUGUAUGCGCUCGCUCAUUACAUUAUCAAUUCUACUCCUGGUACUUCUUCAGCAUUCCUCAUCUACUAUGGACGACGCAGUUUCCCACACUAGUACGUUUGAUGUUGUUUACAGGCGCAGAGCUUUGCUGGAAUAUCUAUCCAUCCACAGUUGUUUCGUCGGCUCUGCUUUUGUUUCUCCAUUUGGUAAUCCUGUGGGGACUGUGGUCUGCAGCACCAGAGUAUCCAUAUAGAGAUGAGAAACUCUCAACACAAGAGAAAGACAAAUGAAGACGUGGGAUUGACAUAGUGAGUUAAAUGUUAUCAACUAUGACGUUGUUUUCUGAAUUCAGACAUUUUAGAUAUGACACAAUGGCUGUUAGUCUCUGAUCAGUGAAUGCUUUUCACCAAUUUCAUUUUUUUUUUCUAUUUUAAGUUUUAUUUCCGUGAUUUUACAAUGGGUAUCAUCUUGGCGCCAAGCACCAUACUUCUCAGUACCAAUUACAUCAUGGACGACGAAUGAAACUAGUUAUAUGUUUUGUGUAUUAGUAAUUUUUCGCAGUAGGUAGGAGUAACGUCAUCUAUAUCAAGCAUAAUAUCCCAACAACGUUAGGAUAUUCCUUUUCCGUACUGCAUUCAAAAGGACAGACGGAAGAACUUCCUAUCUUCCACAAGGUACAUCUACUUCUUUCUCCCAAGGUAUGGUAUUGGAGCUUUCUUCGGACUCUAGAAUUGAUUUCCUGCUUUGUUUUGCUAUUUCGAGCCUUGGUUUUCAGUAAAUGGAUGAGUUCUUCUGGUUUUUAUCACUUGCGCAGUUGGUUUUGACUCUUUAUUGCCCCUAAUUAGUUAGUCUAUGAUGGUACAUAGGAGGUUUUACAGUCCAGAGUUUGUAGAUAUAUAGUGGUUGUGGUGUAUAUCAUGCAAGGAUUGUACCCGUGUACUAGUAUCAUGUGUAUCAAUUUAAAACAAGGUUCGUAUUAAAAAUGUGGUAAUUAGGUUGUUGAAGAAGUUUUUCAGUUCACAAUAAUCGUAAGUAAACAUG